CAACUAGUCAGAUCCUUCAAUAUACAUCUGAGCUUCGUAGUCAGAAAGAUACAUCUCAGUCUGCUGGAUUUGACUCCUCUCUCCUCACAUCUGAUAUUGGAAAUGAGGCAGGCAACUUGUUUUUCUGCCAGUUUUGCAACUAUGGGCAUCCCUCAAUGAGAGGAAUUUUAAAUCAUCAAAAGAGAAGACACAGUGAACUCCAAACAACACCUGGCGACAUCUUCAGGCAUACUGCUGAGGUUAGAGGGCAAACCGAAAAAUCCAAAAAGUCUAAGAGAGUCAACUUGACAAAGUCUUCUCACAUUUUACCUCUUCCUCUUGUGACAGAAGAGGCUGUGUUAUUCUGUCAGCUUUGCAACUAUAGCAACCGAACCAUGAGGGUGGUUGUGGAACAUCAAAGGAAAAGACACCCAGAUCUUAAAGCAACUGCUAAACAAAUCCUUGAAUAUACUGCUAUGAUUUUGUCCCAAACUAGCAAAUCGCCUAACUCAUCUUUCUUAACAUCUGAUGUUGUCCAAGAAGUGUUAGAUAAGUUCUUCUGCCAAUAUUGUGACUAUAACAAUCCCACAGUGAGGGGGAUUUUUAAUCAUCAAAGUAAAAUGCAUUGUGAUCUUGAAACAAACGCUGCGCAGAUCUUAAGGCAUACUGUUGUCGUCCGAGAGCAAACCGAAAAAUCUCAGCCAAAAGCAGUGAACUCACCUAACUCUCCUCACCUCUUGUCUCAUCCUCUUUUGAAGGACGAGGUUGAACACAUGUUUUUCUGUCAGCUUUGCAACUAUAGCAAUCCAACGGUGAUAGGGGUUUUGAAUCAUAAAAGGAAAAGACACCUUGAUAUGAAGCCAACUGCUAAGCAAAUCCUUGAAUAUACUGCUACUGUUUUGGGCCAAAUGAGCAAAUCCCACCCAGUACGAAGAAACUCGCUUAUCUCAUCCCAAGAAGAAGAGAGAAAGUUGUUUUACUGCCAGCAUUGUGACUAUGACAGUCCGACAGUUAGGAGGGUUUUGAAUCAUCAGAAAUUAAGACAUAGUGAUCUGAAGGCAACUGCGGAUCAGGUUGUCAGGUAUACUGGAAUUGUUCCCGGCCCAAAUAAAAAAUCAACAAUGCAACAGCCUAACAUGUCCUCCAUGAAAGUCUCACAAUCUCGCAAGCAGAAAGCUGCACUGCUCAGGUCCUUGAAGUGCCGCAAAUGCUCUUAUACAACUCCCCAUAUAUAUCUUUUGAAAAGACAUCUGAGGAAUAACCACCAAGAGAAAGCCCCAAUCACUACGAUUAUACAUUGGGCUUACCAAGAUGGCCAUUUACAGGAAGGUUAUCACUGUGAGUGGUGUGCUUGUUCACAUACUGAAGCGAAGGGACUCCUCCGGCACUACCGGCAACGUCAUCCAGAUAAAAAAACUGGACUUGAAUCCAUCAUCCUGAGGUUACAUGCCGGCCCUAAGACCUCUCGAUCUAAAAAAACGAAGCCUAACCCAGAACACAAUGAAAAACAUGAUCCGAUUAUCCUCAGGUUUGGGGAUGUUCCAAAGACCACUCCAUCUUUUCAGACCGGAGGAGGUGACACAAAAGUCUAUCCAUGCCGAGCGUGCCCCUUUAAGGAUACUUCCAUGGGGGGUAUAAGCAGCCACUACCGUGCAGUUCAUCCAUGGUCUGUCAAGGAAGAUGGGUCUGUGUUAGAUGUCAUUAGUAGUAGGCAGACCCAAGAACCGGAGGUCCAUGAACAGCUUGAUGUUCAUGAAACCUUGAGUUCAAGCGAGACAUAUCGGUGCCCUGUCUGUUCCGGAGAGUUCAACACCCUCCAUGGUAUGUCUACUCAUUGUGGAAAGAAACAUCCGGAAUAUGAUAUGAAAGUCCAUGAACAGCUUGAUGUUCAUGAAACUUCAAAGCCAAACCAGCGAUAUAGGUGCCCUGUCUGUUCCGGAGAGUUCAACAACCUCCAUGGUAUGUUAACUCAUUGUGGUAAGAAACAUCCGGAAUAUGAUACAUCAACUUAUGAAAGGGAACCUGAAGCGGAACCUAGUACAAGUGAGGGGACUCUGGUAUUCAAGUGUUCAAUCUGUCCGUAUGUGAACUCUCACGCUCAUGGUGUUCUAACUCACUGCCAGAUGAGGCAUCCAGCCGUCAAAGCCAGAACUGAGAGACUUGAACAAGAAAUUGUACACUUCACUGACCCAAAUGAAUGCCUGAAAGUCCGAUCGGGUAAGCGGAUGGGAUUGGCAGGCUUCAGGUGCAAUAUGUGUCCAGUCAUCCAUGCAAAAUUCAAGAAGUUGAAGGCUCACUAUGAGAUGGAUCACAAACGAUCUGCCGCAAAUAUAUUCAAACCGGCUUUGAAACAAUCCGCUGCCAUUAAAAAACAAUUGCUCUCCAAAUACAGAGGCUCCCAGACCUCAAUUGCCCAGGCUGCCAUUUUAAAAAAUGGAAAAUCCAUCAUAGUCAAGUGCCACCUUUGCAAGUACCUUUGCACCACUAAAAAGGGCCUUGCCUGUCAUCUUCGCAUUAACCACAGUACAGUGGCUCCAAUUGAGGACAAAGAGUUUUCCUACAAGUGUGCACUGUGCUCGUAUACAACUUCGAUUUGUAAAUACCUUGCAGCCCACUAUAGGAGGCAACAUGGCAAUGCUGCUUUCACCAACCACUUUGUUCCAGCAUUCAGACCUCACCGCAUUCUUCCAAACUCACCGGACCAUAAGGCUUCUUUAAGUCAGGAAACCAAAUCACCUGGUGAGAAGAUAAGCUGUUCUCGCUGUUUUUUCCAAUGUCUUAGUGAAAAGGGCCUGGUCUCCCAUUAUGCGAUUUGCCACCCAGGAGUCUCUCCCAGCAAGCACAAAUCUAGCAAACUUAGCCCGAAUAACACACUGCACUCUCCCCCCAAGCCUAGAAAUCAUCCCCAGCAACAGAAACCUGUAUGCAAAUUAUUUGAUCCACAAUGUGAGAAAGGCAAAACAUUGCGUCCAGUUAAAUGCAAGAAAUGCGUGAAGUUAUCUUUCAACUCAAAUCUGCUGCUAAGUAUCCACUACACCAAUUUCCACAACGAAGAUUUCACACAAGACUUCACUAUACUUUCAAAGACUUCAGAGGAUGGCACAGAAUUCUACAGAUGUGGAUACUGUAACCUCCAAAUCCAGGGCAGUGCGGACCUCUGCUCCCAUCUCGACCAUCAUAAUGAGGAGUUUCAGAAGCUGGCAAAUGGACAGAAGAGGAAACAACACCUCAGUGCCCCACCGCCAAAGACCAAGCCUGUUAAGCAGGAAAGACAAGAACUGCCCGAGGUUCUGACAGCAGAGGAAUCGGACAGUCAUUGGAUUGUGACACAGGUGGAAUCUGUUACAACAGGGAUGGGUCCACUGGUGUCCCCUUCCCCUGUCCCAUCGACAACAAAACCAGAGGGGGGGUCAGUAGGAGAGGAGUGCAACCACUGCGGGCGAACUUUCAUGUCUUUGAAAGGUUUACGCUCACAUGAGCGGAGCCAUGCAGCUACAGCAGCGCUCAAACGGCUGGACAAUGUACCUCAUCAACAGAAGCAGAUGUUUGACUGCCAUAUUAGACAUCGACCCGGGACCAUCAAACCCUUCCACUGUGGGCUCUGUCGUUACAGAACUAACAUCUUGAGCCUCUUGAAGAAUCAUCUGCUCAAAGUACAUGGCGCUCAGGACCCAUCCAAGAACCUCCCUUCCUCCGUGACCUGUAGCGAGAACAAGGAGCACACCCUGAGGGCUGCUGAAGAGACCCAGAACCUGCCAGAACCUCAAGAAGGCAACCAAAUGUCUGAUGAUUCUGAGGAAUCAGACCCCACUGAAAAACCAGUAUACUCGGAGCCCCCAGAUGUUCAGAGGCAGCUCAACCACUACAGGCAGGUGGCUCAGGCCAAGGCCUCUAGCAGCGCUCCAAGCCCACAGACCACCAGGACCACUCAAGAUGGCUUAUUCGUCUGUGAGUUUUGUAUCUACACCUCAACACACAUCAAGAGUAUGCGUCGACACUACAUAAAUCGCCACAAUGGGAAAAGGCUCGUGAGGUGCAAGGACUGCUCAUUUUUCACAGGCUUCAGGAAGAAGUUGGAUAUGCACAUAGAGACGGCACAUGCCAGUAGCCCAACAGAAGCUCCGAAGGAGCUACACUGCCCUCUCUGUCUUUACCACACCAAAAACAAAAACCGCAUGAUCGACCACAUCGUCCUCCAUCGUGAGCAGCCAGUGGCCCCUAUAGAGGUGCGUCGUCCGAAGCUGUCGCGAUAUCUCGAGGGCAUCGUGUUCCGCUGCCACAAGUGCACCUUCACCAGUUCCAGUGACAAGAAACUGCUACUGCACAUGCUCAAGCACGACGAUAUCAAGCCCUACAAAUGCAGACUGUGCUACUUCGACUGCACACAGCUGAGCGAGUUGGAGGCACACCUGUGCGAUAAACACCAGGUUGUGAGGAACCAUGAGCUGGUGGGACAGGUCCAUCUGGAGGAACUGGAAACAAGACUGAGCAGAGUCAACGAGGAGGGAGAACAAUUCAUGGACUGUAAGGAGACCCAAGGGCAACAAGAUGAGGUGAACAAAGAUGCCGAUAAUGAGGUGGCAGAGAACACAGCCCAAAACAGUGAAUUCCAGGAUUUUAGUAAUGACGAGAACCAAGAGGGACAAUAUAAGCAAUCCUAUGAGAAGCUAGAGAAUGAGGACAAGGAGAAGGUCGAGGAACAUUUAAUGGACUGUGAGGAGGAGAACCAAGAACCUGGAGAGAUGGACAUAGAAGAACAAAACAACCAAUAUCAUGAGAUGCCAGUGCUUAAAGAUGAAGCCUGCAACUAUCAUGAGAUGCCAGUGCUUGAAAAUGAAGAGGGCAAAGAGGAAACACACAGUAAUCAUGGUGAGACACAGGAAAAUGAGGAGGCAGUGAAGACUGACCGUCUAAAACCUGAGUGCGAUAAUAAACCGGAGCAAGGGUCUGAACAGGAUGAAAAAUAUGAAGAAAACCCCAAGAGUGGCGAGAAGCAAGAUCACGAGGUGGAGGAAAACAACAAGGAAAAUGGCAACAUAUCUUCACCAAAAGAUGCCUCCACUACCUUGAAGAUAAUUCCAGUGACCAGAAAUGAGAAAGCACUUUCCUGCGAGCUCUGUGGCCGAACUCUCAUGAACAGCACUGAGCUGGAACGGCAUGUGAUGCGCCAUGGCUUGUAACUCUGUGUCGGUGCAACUGAUGAGGAUGUAUUGACACUGAGGGUGUUGCUGCUUAGAAAUGGGAGACAUGUCAUAACAGGGCUGCUUUUAACAGCAAGCUGAUUAUGUGAAGUUCAAUUGAAUGUAAUGUUUUAUUGUCACUUGUUGCAUACUGUUUCCACCUGUAACUAACUUUUCUUGACUGGAGACACUGCAGCUAUUGUUGUAAAGGACAGUCUUUCAUUAUUGUAUAUUAUGUCAUGCCAGAAUGACCGUACACAUUUCCAACAUAUUGGCUGUUUUGAUGCUUUGUAAAUAUGUUGAUCUUGUUGUCUUUUAACAUUUCUGUAAUAAAUGACUUUAUCCUAAAGCUA